UAGAGGAGGAGGAGGCGGCGCGCACACACCGGUCCAUGUGUACAUGUCCACACAGGGGGAGGGACAGUCGCACCGCCUGCAGUCUGGGCCAUACGCUCUCCGCUCAGGUUACUUCCUGGGAUCUAGGGAGGGGUGACCCGCGGGCGCGGGGUCAUUGUCUGCACCGGACGUAGUGACCGGACUCUCGGGACUUUAGAAACUUGUGCCGCAUACACCUGGAUGGUGAGGGUGCGCAGCAGAGCGGGACAUACAAAGUGCUCGGAAGUGAUCGGAGGUGACCCGGGCGGAGCGGGAGGGCUGGCUACCUGGCCCCGGGCACAAUAGGCACGCUGGGCCGCUGGUUCGGACUUUCCUCGGGGAUGUUCCACUGCAUCCCCCUGUGGCGGUGUAACCGUCAUGUGGAGUUCAUGGAUAAGAGGCACUGCUCCCUGCUGGCAGUGCCCGAGGAGGUGUACAGGUACAGCCGGAGCCUGGAGGAGCUGCUCCUAGAUGCCAACCAGCUGAGAGAGCUGCCCAGGCAAUUUUUCCAACUUGUGAAGUUAAGAAAACUUGGUCUUAGUGAUAAUGAAAUUCAACAACUUCCUCCAGAGAUAGCAAACUUUAUGCAGUUGGUAGAACUUGAUGUCUCCCGUAAUGAUAUUCCAGAAAUUCCGGAGAGCAUCUCGUUUUGUAAAGCACUCCAAGUGGCUGAUUUCAGUGGAAACCCCCUCACAAGGUUACCAGAAAGCUUUCCAGAUCUAGAGAGCCUUACAUGCCUUUCCAUUAAUGAUAUCUCGCUGCAAACACUCCCCGAAAAUAUUGGAAACCUUUCGAACCUUAUGUCUUUAGAAUUGAGAGAAAAUUUGCUGACCUAUUUACCAGAGUCUCUUUCACAGCUUCAUAGACUUGAAGAGCUGGAUUUGGGAAACAAUGAAAUCUAUAACUUGCCAGAAUCCAUUGGAUCAUUACAAAGACUUAAGGACCUCUGGUUGGAUGGAAAUCAACUGGCAGAAUUGCCUCUGGAAAUGGGAAGCCUGAAAAACUUGCUGUGCUUGGAUGUGUCAGAGAACAAGUUGGAGAGACUUCCUGAAGAGAUCAGCGGAAUGACUUCACUGACUGAUCUACUUGUGUCACAGAAUUUAAUUGAGGUUUUACCUGAUGGCAUUGGAAAGCUGAAGAAGCUGUCAAUACUUAAAGUGGACCAGAAUCGGCUGAUGCAGCUUACAGAAUGUAUUGGAGAAUGUGAGAGCCUUACUGAGCUAAUUCUUACGGAAAAUCAACUUUUGGUUUUGCCUAGGAGCAUUGGGAAGUUAAAGAAGCUUAACAACUUGAACAUUGAUAGGAACAAAUUAAUGUCCCUGCCAAAAGAGAUUGGUGGUUGCUGCAGUCUUAAUGUUUUCUGUGUACGCGAAAAUAGAUUAACUAGAAUUCCUUCAGAAAUCUCACAAGCUACUGAACUCCAUGUCUUAGACGUUGCUGGAAACAGAUUAACAUACUUACCCUUGUCAUUGACAUCACUGAAAUUAAAGGCUUUAUGGUUAUCAGAUAACCAGUCCCAGCCUCUGCUGACUUUUCAAACGGAUGUUGAUACUGAAACCAGAGAAAAAGUCCUGACUUGUGUGUUACUUCCACAGAUGCCUUCUGAUCCUGCUGGCCAAGACAAUUUGCCAAGAUGUGGGGCCUUUGAGAGUCUGGUUAAUGAUAUGUCCGAUGACACCUGGAAUGAGCGAGCAAUGAACAGAAUAAGUGCCAUACGAUUCCUAGAUGAUGAAAAAGAAGAUGAGGAGGAUGAAACGGCAACUCUUCUGAGACGAGCCACUCCACACCCUGGUGAGCUGAAGACGAUGAAAAAGACUGUGGAGAACCUGCGAACAACUAUGAAUGCUGCUAAAGGCCUGGACUCUAACAAAAAUGAGGUCAAUAACUCCAUUGACAGAUUGACCACGUCUGUGUAGAGAGCCACCAACAUCUUACCUCCUGUUUCUUCCCCUACUGUUGAAAUGUCUCCCUGAUUCCGGGACCACAUCCAGCCUCUUGUUUUAUCCAGCACAUAAUCCAUCGUCCCUCCUUUUACUACUUAUUUUGAGAUGCUGCAAUCUGGACAGGAAGUGCCUUAUAUCGGCCAGAUGUUUGCGUCUGGGACCUAACUUAAUGCUGUAAUUUUAUGUUUUACCAGUCUUGUUUUUAAGAAGUACUACACACUACUGUUGAAUUGUUUUUAUUUUAAAAUUUUUCAUUUGGAAAUAGCUUUAUUUUUUAACAUUGGGAGUAUAUUUUAUGAUCUCUUUUGGACUUAUUAGGGAUAAAUGACAGUUUUAUGUGGAAAUUAUACUUUUUUUAUUGUUCCUUUUUGGCAGCUUGACUGGUGUAUAUUUGAGGAAAAAAUGAAAUUUUGUAGUAGGUUGCAACAAAUGUUUCAUUAGCAUAUAUUUGAAUACGGUACAAAUGCUGUUAUUAAGGAAGAAGAAAGCCUGUGGUUUUUAGGGUUACACUAACUGUAUGCCAAAAAGAUGUGCCUUAAAAUUGUACAUAUCAUGUUCUGCCUAUCACUCUACGUGUAAUUUUGUGCCCAUUUUAUUCACCUCAUUGGUUGUUCAUGUAAGAGAUCAAGACAUAUAAAGCAGCCACUCUGUGUUGUAGAGCUGCAUAGAGAAGUGCAAGUGUUCUGCAAUGCGCCUCUUUGGUACAUAUACCUUAAAAGGGUACUUCGGUGCUCCAGCGUUCUGAACAUUUUGUUCAGAACGCUCGGAGACGGAGGCUGUGAUCGUGACGUCACGACCACGCCCCCGUGACGUCACGACACCCCCCCUCUAUUCAUGUGUAUGGGAGGGGGCGUGUUGACUGACACACCGCCUCCCAUAGACAUAAAUGGAGGUGGCGUGGCGUGAUGUCACAACCACUGCCGCAGGAACCCUGUUUGUUUAGAACUGCAAUAGAUCACGGGGGGGGGGGCAGUGGGACCCCGCGAUCAGACCUUUUAUCCCCUAUCCUUUGGAUGGGGAUAAUAUGUCUAGCAGCAGAGUACAACAUUAAGAGAAGCUGACAUUGCUUUUUUUUUUUAUUUAUUUUUAUUUUUUAAGAGAAAUUGGGUUUCAGAGGAGGAGUCUUCCUUGAGAAAUGGACACCUCUCCAAUCAGAGUUUGUAGAUUUAUGUAAGGUUUUUGUUUUCAUCUUGUUUAGGUUACUUUAGGAUUGUGUUGGGCCUUUGGACCUUUACAAAGUGUUUCUAAUUGCAUCCAAGCAAUAGAAUCAUUUUAAUCUUUGCAACAAAUGUUUGAAGGGAUAUUAUGUAGAAUUAUUAUUUUCACGUCAACUGCUGCCAGAUAGGUAUACUGAUUUGUAAAUUACUUAAGUACUGAAAGGCUUGAAUUCUUUAAACAUAACAGCUGCUGUAUGCCCAAGAGGAAGUUGUGUAUUUCUUUUCAAACCCAAAUGCUCCCUACUGCCACCUCUGUCCAUUUCCAGAACUGUCCAAAGCAGGUGGGGUUUGCUGUGGGGGUUUACGCCUGCUCUGGACAGUUCCUGACACAGAUAUAGGUGGCAGCAGGGAGCACUGUCAGGAAUAGAGCAGCUGGUGAAUACUGUAAGGCUUUAAGGGGCCUGAAAAAAUAAUUACUCCACAUGUUGUGGGAUGUAGUUGCAUAGGCCCUCUGAUUGUUCCUGGCACAAUUUAAUCCCAGAUGAACUGUCCUCCUCUGCCCACAACUCCAUUUUAUCUCUGCUCCUUCCUCCUGCACACUCUAUUAAAACUACCUUUCCCUGCAGUCCUCACUGCUAUGACUGUUAGAAAGGGGACACGGCUUGCCUGUAUGAUGUGAGAAGAAAGCAAUGCUUGAUAAGCUAUGAUAGAGAGAUAUGAAGUGAGUAGCUUGUUUGGAUGAUAUAAGAAAGGGGGUGUUGUUUGUUGGUAUGACAACAAAAAGGGGUGUGGCUGUCAUGGCAAAAACACUGAAAGCCAGGACAGCUUCACAUGUUGGAGAGGGAAGAGAAGAGACUAAGGGAGAGAUUUAUCAAAACCUGUCAAAAGAAAAAGUUGCUGAGUUGCCCAUAGCGACCAAUAAGAUCGCUUCUUUCAUUUUCAUUCAACUUUUUGAAUUGCUAAGUUUUGAUAAAUCUCCCCCUAGGCGUAUGCCAGAUUUUUCUUCACUUCCUACCUUUCCCCCAUAUUCCAACAGGAAAAACAGCCCAGGACAGGUGAUAAGUGUAUAUUACAAUACAGUUGGCCUGGCCAUGGGGAGACAAAAAUAUGUAUAAUUUUUGCAAUCCGGGGUACCCAUUUAAGUAAUUUUUUAAACAGAGGAGGUUAUUUACAAAUCCGUAUAACUUUUCGGCACCACUUGAUUAGAAAGCAAUUUUUCCUUUUUCACCGGAAUACCCCUUUAAAAUUUUCUAACCUGUUGCCCAUCAUUUGUAUUUAAGAGGUUUUGCACUGAGUUGGAUAGGUAUAGCUUUUAAAGGGUUACUCCGCUCCCCAGCGUCCCGAACAUUGAGUUCCGUGUUCACGCCUGCCCCCUCGUAACGUCACUGCCUGCCCCCUCAAUGAAAGUCUAUGGGAAGGGGGGGGGGCGACAGCCCCCUCCCAUAGACUUGCAUUGAGGGGGCAGGACGUGACGUCACAUGACAGAGCGUGACGUCUCGAGGGGGCGGGCCUGAACACGGAAGCCCGCACACAGCGUUCGGAACUCAAUGUUCCGGACGCUGGGUAGCGGAGUAACCCUUUAAGAGCUUAUACUGUGGAAAUACACAUACAUAUGCAUUUGUUUAAUACCCAGGUCUUACAUAUUUUCUUGUGGGAAUAAUAUUCCAGUUUGCCAAUUAAACAUGGCAGUUGUUUUUACCCAUUUACUUUUGAUGAUUUUUGUUAUAAAACAUAUACAUAUUUGGAAUCAGUAGGUAUUAUGCUCAUGGAAAGUUAGGUUUGCCUUGUUGCACAGCUAUAAAUAAGACAUUUGUCGAUAAACUGUUUCCUCCCUGGUGGCAGCACCCUGUGUGGAUUGGACCAUAACAAGGACCUCAAUCAGUUGUGUUUCGAUAUUUGUAAGUAACACUCUACCUCAGCAGUGUAACAAAAAUAAAAUUUAGCCUUAUAGUGCCAGUAAGUAACAGAAUAGUGCACAUAUCAUCACAAAGUCAUGUUAAAACGUAUGUGGGAACGUAGCAGUGAGUUAGUGUCAUAUGAUGGGUUAUGCUGCCACCACUGUGCCAAGAUAUCUUACAUUGUAAUUGCAUAAUGCUGACAUCAUCAGAAGUGAAUAAUACUAAGUUUAAGCUCAUAUGCUGUUCUUGUCUGUAAAAAGAAUCCUCUUCUAUAACAGCCUUAAGAAUCAACCUUGUGAUGCCUUGUAUAGGGUCUGAUCACUAGCUUUAAUGACUGUGAUACAGCUCAUAGGUGGAAGCCUUGUGUCUAACCGAGAAGAAACAUUUCAUUCCUGCACACAGACAAAUCCCAUUUAAGUUGCCAGUGUAAACAGAGUAUCUGCAAUAAUGUAUUCUUGUAAAUUGUGAUUUUAAUGUGAAUAUGUGUAAAUGGAGCUUUUAGAUUUGUGUGCCACAUUUGAGGUGUUCUAUCACAAAGUAAUCGGAUGGGCUUGUGCCAUAAAUAAAAUGAUAAACUGG